CUUCUAUAUAUAUAUAAAGGAAGUAUCAAGGUCUCUUCCAUGAACACAUUGUCACAGCAAAGUUUCUCUCACUUUCUUCCAUGGAGUUUCUUGAGAACAAGAGCAUUUUGAUCACUGGUGCCACUGGUUUUCUAGCAAAGAUUUUAGUUGAGAAAAUACUUCGAGUUCAACCGAAUGUAAAGAAACUCUAUCUAUUAUUGAGGGCUGAUGAUGAAAUCACAGCCAAAAAACGGUUUCAUAAUGAGGUGGUAGAGAAGGCUUUGUUCCAAGUGUUGAAGAAGAAACACGGUGCAAAUCUGAAUACUUUAAUUUCAGAAAAAAUUUGUUUGGUGCCCGGUGAAAUCUCUCUCCCACAAAUGGGAUUGAAACACGAUUCGAUUUGGAUCGACAAGUUAAAAAGUCAAGUGGAAAUAAUUAUAAAUUUAGCCGCUACAACCAACUUCGACGAAAGGUACGAUGUAGCACUUGGCACCAAUGCACUUGGAGCUAAACAUGUUAUAAACUUUGCAAAGCAAUGUUCUAAUUUGAAACUUGUUGUCCAUGUAUCCACUGCUUAUGUCUCAGGAGAAAGGGAAGGACUUAUAAUGGAAACUCCAUAUAAAAUGGGUGAAUCUCUUAAUUGGUUUAAAGGGCUAGACAUUGAAGUUGAACAAAUGGUGAUAGAAGAUAAGUUAAAGCAACUCAAAGAGGAUGGAGCUACAAAUGAGACGAUUACUCUAGCCAUGAAAGACUUGGGUCUCGAAAGGUCAAAGUUGUAUGGAUGGCCAAAUACGUAUGUAUUUACAAAGGCAAUGGGAGAGAUGAUAAUUGGUGACCUAAAAGAUGAAGUACCUUUAAUCGUCAUUCGACCAACUAUAGUUACAAGUACUUACAAAGAACCUUUUCCUGGCUGGAUUGAAGGAGUUAGGACUAUUGAUAGCCUUAUUGUUGGAUAUGCUAAAGGAAAACUUACAUGCUUUGUUGCUGGAAUCAAUUCAAUCAUUGAUUUGAUUCCAGCAGAUAUGGUGGUGAACACAAUUAUCAUGGCAAUGAUGGUUCAUAAACUUCAACCAUCUAAUCAUAUAAUAUAUCACGUUGGUUCUUCCAAAAGAAAUCCCAUCAAGCAUGCUGAUUUUCAACGUUUUAAUUAUCAAUAUUUUACUAAGAAGCCAUUGAUCGAUAGAGAUGGGAAUGCCAUUAAAGUUGGAAAAGUUACUCUCUUCGACGACAUGACCAAUUUCCAUAGAUACAUUGCCAUUCGAUACUUAUUUUUUCUUAAGGGAUUGGAAAUCAUGAACAUGGCAUUUUGUCAUAGUUUUCAAGAUAAGUGCAUCACUAUGAGGAGGAAGUUUAAUUUGGUGUUGCGGCUGAUCGACCUAUAUCGUCCUUAUCUAUUCUUCAACGCCAUAUUUGAUGAUACAAAUACAGAAAGAUUGAGAAAAGAAUUACAAAAUUACAAAGAGAUGACAAAAGAGGGAUUAUUUAUGGAUCCUAAGGAAAUAAAUUGGGAGGAUUACUUUAUGAAUGUCCACAUUCCUGGACUUGUUAAACAUGUCAUCAAAUGACAUUAUUUUAAUUAUCACUUAGAUAUCUUUAAUUAUAUAUUCCUCAUUAUUGAAUGUUUUCUUUUUUAAUUCAGCAUUAAUUUAUUACCAAAUCAAGUUGAUUUUAUUAUUAAGUGUGGUGUGGGGGAGCAAAUAUUAUUACUGUAUUGAAAAAGAAAAAUUUAUGAAUGUGAAUGGGAAUUAAACCCAUUAUGAUUAAUUGUAGACUUUGAUUUUCUA